GUAAUCUUUUACGGCGACUUCCAUUCUUUAUGUGAACGCUUCUUACGUAUUGGUUGGGCUAUUAGAUAAUUUCGCUUCGCAGCUAAGUUGGCCGCUCGUGGCACAGCGUAUGAACGUGACAAAAUAUGCAGAUUGUUAAUAGGAGCUUGGACGCUCGAUCGUCGUGGUCGUGCAAAGCGACGGUUGUGCCAUUUGCAAGAGAAUGCCCAACAAUAUGUUGGGCGAGGUACUGGGCGCGUUCUGUUGCUGCUGGCCAACGCCUGAACCUGGACGCGAGGGGACAUCGCGUGACUUUAAGCGGCUGAGCGACUGGCGGGGCCACCCCACGCUGCGCCAGUAUGACCUGGAGAAGCACGUUGCCGAUGGCGGCUUCUCAGAGAUCUGGCUGGCGCGACACCGCGGCACGGGCUCGCCGGUGUGCCUCAAGGUGGUCAACCUGCGGAAGCCGGGACUGCGGCCGGAGGAUGCCGAGGUGCUGCGCUGCGAGGCCCGCUACCUGCGCCUCCUGGACCACCCCUCGCUACUGCGAUGCAGCGACGUGUUCGAGACCAAGUACCACAUGGUCAUGAUCCUGGGGUUCCUCUCGGGCGGCGAGAUGCUGGAGCACCUGCACCGCGUGGAGCACUACUCAGAGCUGGAGGCGGGCAGGCUGUUCGCGCAGGUCAUGUCGGCUGUGGCAUACAUGCACAACCUCAACAUCGUGCACCGGGACAUCAAGCCCGAGAACGUCAUGUUCUCUCGCCCCGUGGACGACUGCGUCGCGGCUGGCAAGAUGUUGCGGGUCAAGCUCAUUGACCUGGGCAUGGCGGCAGUGCUCCCCUCGGACGCACCGGGCGCGCCUGACCCGGCCGGAAGUAGUGAGUCGCUGCGGCGGAGGCAAGCGGCCAGCAAGUCCAAGGCCGGCGGGAAGGGCAAGCCGGGGCAGUCCCGCAUCGUGCCGCUGACGGGCGUGUUGGGCUCGCCGGGCUUUAUCGCGCCCGAGGUGGUGGCGGGGGCGCAGCACUCGUUUGCCAUGGACGUGUACAGCCUGGGUGUGAUGUUGUUUGUCAUGCUGACGGGGCGCAAGCCCUGGGGCAUGCGCGAGGUGCGCACGCUGGAGUACGCGCGGCACAGCAUCGCCAAGGCGCCGGGGCUUCAGGACGCCAGCUUCCGGAGCCUGUCGGCCGACGCCAGGGAUCUGUUGCUGAAGAUGUUGGCGGAUGACCCCAAGGCCCGGCCCUGCGCCGCCGCCGUGAUGCGCCACCCCUUCAUUGCCCGGGCGCUGGCGGCGGCGGCGAAGCCCGGCGGCCGCGACGGCGAGGAGCUACAGCCGCGCCUUGACCAGGUGGUGAAGCGGCGCAUGCUGCAGCUGGCGUCGCUGCGGCGUUUCCGCGGCCUUGCGUUUGCCAUGAUGUCCAGCCCGCAGGAAGGCCAGCAGCUGAGCGAGUUCAUGCAGGGCGUGGCGGAGCGGCGCAAGGCGCUGCACAGGGACCUGGUGAGCCGCGCCAAGACGCGGCGGGUGGCGGACAAGCAGGUGCAGCAGCAACAACAGCAGCAGCAACAACAACAGCAGCAGCAGAUGCAGCAAUUGGAGCUGCAGAAGCAGCGCAGCCAGCCGCUGCAGGAGGCCGUGACAGCGGCCGGCCACGCCCCCGCGGCAGCGGCAGCGUCCCGGCAGCUUAGCAUCGACAGCGCCGGCUCACAGCAGCCGCUGCUGAUCCGGCUGAUGGCGGUCAGCAGCAGUGGUGCGGGCGCCGCGGCGCUUGGCGGAGCUCACGGCACUGGGGGCCCGGGCUUCAUCUCCUCGUCGGGCGUCCCGCCGCCCAAACACCGCGACUCUCCAGGUGACGGCGCCGGGGCGCUCCCCGUCCGUCGUGUCUCGCUCGAGUCCAGCCGCCUCUCGAUUGACUCCCGCGGCGGCUCCGGCUCCCUGCGGCCGCUGCUCCAGUCUUUCGAGGUUGUAGGACCGCCCGGAAGCCAGCAGCAGCAGCAGCAGCAGCAGCGGCAGCAGCGGCUACCCAGCCACCACCCCGCGCAUCCGCCGCUGCCUUAUGGGGCCGCUCCUGCAGCCGCUGCUGCCCUGCAUCAACUGGCGCCUGGGGAGGGGGCGCUAGCCGCGGUGGCCGCACCAGGCUCGACUUGGGGCUCACCAUCGGGCCAUGCGAUAGCGCACCGCUUCGCGCCGGCGCACCACGCCACCCACCCCGCCAACCCCGCCUUCCCACACCACGUACUGGAGCCCGUGGCGGAGCCAGGCGAGCCCGCGCCCGGCACUGAUGGCGCCAUGACGGCGGCCGCCGCGACGGCGGCGUCUUGGAGGAGCGGCGGCAGCCGCCCCGGCGUAUGGCUGGGGGAAGGAGGGCCAGCGGGGGCGGCGCAGGCGGCGGUCGCAGACCGGCGGCAUGCGCCCGUCGGGGGCCUGACCGCGGCCCUGGCAGCCGGCGGCAACAGCGCGGCGCGCCCGCCGCUGCCGCCACAUGGCCAGCCGCACCUGCAGCCGCAGUUGCAGCCACAGGCGAGGACACAGGCGAUGCCAGCCCCGCCUGGCUCCUGCGCGGCGGAGCAGCACACGCCAGUGCUGCAGGGCGCAGCUCAGCCUGUGGGCGCCAGUGGCCAAGGCAAGGCCGCCGUCCGCGGAGCUGGCACAAGUGGAAAAGCCAAUCGGGGCAGCCGUGGUGGUGGCGGCGGCGGCGGCGGCGGCAUGGGUGGUAAGGGCGGCUCGGAGCUGGAGCUGGCGGCUUUGGAUCCGCUCGCGCUCAUUCGCGAGCUGCCGGCGCCGGUGCCUGCCGCUAACGGGGGAGCUGCUGCCUGGGGCGCUGGUCCAGCGGGCCGUGGCGCGGGCGUCCACUUAGGCCGCAGUCACAGCGCGCCCGAGAGCGGCGUGGCCGCCGCCGCGUCGGCGGCGGUGCUGCAAGGCCUGGGCGGGGCGCGGGGCGCGGCGGCGGCGGGCGGCGUGGCCAUCCCAGGCGGGGGAGCUGGUGCCGGUGCAGCGGAUGGCGUGACAGCCUGGCUUGAGCAGCUGGCCAUGGGCACGGACAUGCGGGCCUUCUCCGCCAACAGCUGGACGCUUGACUUACUCGCCAACGAGGCCCUUCUGGCCGCACUUACAGGAGUGGAGCUGAACGGCCGCCUCGCCUCCUCCUCCCUAGGCGACGGCGCCGGUGGAACCUCCGUACACGACGGCACGGUGUACAGCAGCACGCUGUACGGCGCUUACGGUUACGGCGCUGGCGCGCCGGGCGGCGGCGGUGGCGGCGGCGGGCCAGAGGCCGCGGCUUCGACGAACGUGGCCGAGCUUGCUGGCAUGCUGGGCUCGGGAGACUGGAUGGGCAUCGGCGCCGCCGCCGCGAGCGUUGGUGCGGUGACGCCAGGACCUUCCGGGACCGGGGUGGCGAUCCGGGCGGCGUCCGGGGCGCAGGCGGGCCGGGCUGGCAGCGGCUCGAGCGCUGCUGGGGGUGGUGCAGGGCUUACCGCCGAGGGCGCGGGCGCGGAGGGUGGCACGGCUGCGGCGGCGGUGGUCGCUGGCAGCGCCGGUGCCGCUGCCUCGGCACGGGCCGUCGCGGCUGCAGCGGUUCUACGGCGCCUGUACUCCGGCAUCGCAGCCGCUGGCCGCACUGGCUCAGCGAGCCAGGACGCAACGGUGCACGCUGCAAGCCAGGCCGCGGCGGCAUUGCUGGCCGCUGCCAACGCCGCGGCGGCCGCCGCGGCGGCGGCGCCCUCGUCGACACCGCCCACAGCUGCAGCCCACCUGGCCGGCAGCUCCUUCACUCGCCGUAUCUCAGAGGCCUCAUCCUCCGGCCCGGCGAGCGUUGCGUCAGGGAGCCUGGCCCUGCCCGGCAUGCUGUCUGAGGGCGCGGACGGCCGCCGCCGCGCCAGCAUCGGCUUGCAGCAGCAGGCAGCGGGCAGCAUCCCUCGCGCUGCAGCAGCGCUUGCGGCGGCACUUGGCACCAGGGCAGCGCUAGGCAGCGGAGCUGGCGGCGGCGGCCCGGCCCGGCUGCGGCCUUCGGGUAUGUCGUUUGGCACGGUCCGCAUCGCCCAUGUUGCGCCCAGUAGCGAUCCUGGCGUGGCGGGGCUUGGCCUAGGAACUGGCGGCACUGGCCGCGCGUUUGGCGUUGGAGGGGGUAGCAUGCCGACGCGCCCAAUCAGAACAUCCACUCCCGGCGGCCCGCCUUCAGAGGAUAUGCCAGGUCAGGGCGGCGCCUCAGCACCAGGCCCCACAUGGAUGCAAGCCGCCCGAGCCAGGCCCAGCUGGACGGGAGCCUCGCCAAUGCCCCACGGCAGCGGUGGUCUCAACUCGCCCUUCACCACCGGCCACGGCCACCGCCACAGCUUUAGCACUCUAGCGCAGCUGGGGCAAGGCAGCGGGGCGGCGGGGCCGCCGCCGCAAACAGAGGCCGAUACCGACGCGCUGGGGGCGGGCUGGUCGCCAUCGGUGGUGCCGGCACUGCAGCAGCAGCGCUCGCGCCUGCUGUCGGGGGCCGGCUCGGUGCGCCUGAUGCCGGAGAGCUCCGAGGCCAUCUCUACGGUGCGCGACGGCGACGGCUAUCUGAACAUCACGCUGCAGCGCGCGCCAUCGUUCGGCGCCGCCUGGCGUCGCCCGAGCGGCGCCAUGGGGACGCCGGAUGUGCUAGCGGGGCUCGGCAGCGUCGCCGACAGGCUGGGUUACGGCUCCGUGGGAACGCCGGCAGAAGCUGCAGGCCUGUCGGCGAGUCCGGGUGCUGACGCGGCGGCGGGGCUUGAGCCGCUGCCGCUCGUCAACACCAGGCGGCUGCUGCUCCAGCAGGAGGUGGAGGGGCACACGGAGCCGAACUCGCCAGCUGCUUCCGUGCCGUGGGGCGCGCCGCGGGGCGCGCCGGGCCGGCGGCGGCGCGGCGUUGCGGCCUUCCCGGCGGCGGCGAUGGCUGCCGUCACCGCUGCCGCUGCCACCAUUGCCGCCCCGUCUGCAGCGGAUGGCUCGCUUCCCUCCACCGACUCCAGUACCCAUGGUGCGGCCGUGCCAUACCCGCCAGGGAGCCAUCCGCCAUGCACUUACGCCGGCACAGGCCUGGUGGCUGGAGGCCGCGCGGCCGCCGGCACCGCCGCACCGCUCACUGUCGGCCUCAGCGGGACCGGCGCCAGCGGCGCAGCAGCCGGCAUGGGCGCAGCGGCAGGCGGAGCCACGGCGCCCAUCCGCGUGCCCUUCACGUCCUCCCAGUGGCGGUGGGCCUCACAUGAAGCCGCCGCUCACACCACGCGUCGCAUAUCCACCGAGUACUCCGUGUCCCCGGCCUCCCUGACGCCCACGCCCGCACUGGGCGCAACGCGGAUGCCGCAUCGCUCGCCGCGGCCGUCGCGAGGCGCCGACUCGGACACCGACGCGGACACCGCUGACGCCAGCGCGCGGCGCGGCCACCGCCAGUCGCCGGGCAUGGGCUUUGGCGCCCUGCUUCUCGAGGGCACUGAUCAAGGAACGGAGGAAGACGCUGGGGCUUAUGCGGUUACCAACGGUUACACUGCAUUGGGCCAGGACCCGCAACAAGAUGGAUUCCCAGACGGAUUCCAGGACCGAUCUCAAGACGGUUACCAGGGCGGUUACCCCGGCCGUUACCGGGACGGUUACCAGGACCCCAUGCUCACCUUCUCCCCAACGACCUACUUCCACGCGGGGUCGCUGGCGGCGGUGGCAGAGCUGGACGAGCAGCGCCCGCUGCCACUGCGGGCGUUUCUGGCGCCGCGGCCGUCCAUGUCGCUGGCUCUGCCCCACGCCGACGAGGUGAUUGCGGCGGAGCGCGCGGCGCUGGAAGAGACACUGCACGGCGGCAACCUGUGGCUGAUGGAGGUGGUGGGCGGCCGCCGCGCGGCGCCUGCCGGCUCGGCGGCGGCGGUCGCGGCGGCGGCGAUGGCGGCAGCUCGCAGCGGCGCGUUGAGCUGCAUCAGCGGUGGGCUGAGUGGAGCGAUGUCUGGGGGCGCCGACCGUUCGUUUGCGCCAGUUGGGGCGCCGGGAGCUGGGGCGGAGCAGCACACCGCGCACACCGCGGCCGCCCCCGCAGCUUCUGGCAACGCAGCCUUGGGCAUAACAGAACGGCACACGACGCAUUCCAGGCAGCGCAUGCACGCCAACACGCCGCCGGGUGCAAUGGCGGCUGCAGAGCCCGCAGUCGCAGUCUACGAAGCCCUUGACCUGCCGCCUACCUGGCCACUGGCCUCCAUUGCGCCCGCCGCCGUGCGUCCUACUGCGCUUUCCUCAUCGCGGCCCCGCGCCAUUCCUGUCAACGGCAAACACGAGUUCAACGUCCCGGGUGCAGCGCCGCUGCACACUCGGGCGGCCGUGACCGCGCACGUGCCGGCCGCUGCCAGCGCGCACCACAGUAAUGGAGUGCCGCUGCACGCGCCUGCACCCGACUCCCCUCCCGGCAUGCGCAUCGGCACGCACCACAUGCUAUUGGACGGCAGUGCAAGUGGCGGCGGCAGCGGCGGCAGUGGCGGCGGCGGCGGCGGCGGCGGCGGCGGCGGCUCCCGCAGCUACGGCUCCUCAGGAGCGGCGGUGCCCGACAGCCCGCGGGCGGUUGUACCUCGCUCCAUCCGUACGCACGAGCGCAGCCCGAUGCGUGCCAUGCGGCGGCGCCCGGCCGCCACGCCCGCGGGCAGCGGUGAGCAGCGUGGUGACAGCAGCGCGCACAGCGAGAGCAAGCACGGCGAUGGCGACAGCGCUCACCGCGGCUCAAUGCAGGAGGGAGCUGCACUGGCAGGGCAGCCGCUGACCGAGCCACGGAGAGGACCGCACAUGUCGCAUGGUUCCUUCACCAUGCUCCGGCCCACGGCGGCCCAGCGGGAGGCUGGGGCAGCGCCGCGGCCUCAGCCGCGUCUGUCCCCGCCGGCAAUGCACCGCUGGCGUUCGCCCUUUGAGGCCGCUGCCACGGAGGCGCUGCCGGAAUGGGAUGGCACAUCCGCGUCCGCCGCAGCCGGGCGGCGACCGGCCGCCGAGGCGCGUGCUGCCCAAUCCCCGGCAGCGGUGGUGACUACUGCUCGACUGGCGGUGACGCAAGCGGGUGCACAUGCCAGCAGCGUGGCGCCCGCGAUGGGCGCUGCAAGACAUCAGCCGGCGGCUAUGGGCCAUGUCCAGGCGGAGCGCGUGUGCGGCUCGCCCACGCGCUGGCACUCGCCGUUUGAGGCCUACGCGGCAGCGCCAAUACCCGCUGCUGCCCUCCCGGAUGACGUGCUGCGCCGGCCGCAGCGGCGAGGCUGAGUGGGACGCUUGGGCUGUUCCCCCCGUGUGUAGCAUUCAUCAAUGUCUAGAAGAGUGGAGGCCAGCACUGAACGAGAGCAAGUAUGGUAGGGCUGUGCCUAGCACUGGCAGGAAGAUGCAGAGGGUCCUCCGCUGGCGAGGGCGUGCAUACGCAGCGCAUUGCUGGUCAGGCAUCGAGGUUGGCAGAUGGCAGGACUCAGGCUUUCUGCACACGUAAAACGUUAGGUGUGCAGUAUUUAAACGGUUUGUCCAGUUAGCAGAACAGUACGGGAAGCUGCAGCAUGGCAACCGUUCAUACUGCAAGCAUGGUCGGGCACGAUCGUUUUUGGUCUCCUACCGUCGUUCAUCGCAUGGACCAACGGCUGCCCCACCGUGGGCCGUUCACCCAGUGCGUUCACCAAACCUCCAUAAGCAACUGCCAGCAGUCUGUGGCAUUCUCACGCUGGUGGACCCAGAAGCGGCGGCGUGCAUGUGCGUGGCAGAGGGGGCGGGCAAGGCCACGUGGAGGUGGACAGCGCGGCGCCGCCCAAGAAGCGGCGCCGGCACACAGGUUGAGACCUGCCGGUGCCUGGUUUGCGAUCUUUGCUGGCGAACAUAGAAUGGCACGGUGUGUGGUAGGCCGGAUUGCUGCUGGGUUUGUUGCCUGCUGUGUUUGUGCUUGACAGCGGGACGCGGCUGGACACACGGCGGGCGGUGCCUGAACAAACCGCCCCCGGCUAUGUCCGGAAGAUGCAAAAGCUUCGGCCUCGAACGGGAAAGUAAUGGGCGCAGCCAUUUCCCCUUGGGGGUAAAGGCCUUUCUUGUCGUAGUCUCUCUCAAAUGAAACGCGCCUAAGGGUCCACAACACGGGUCCACAGGGAAAGCUUACGUUGCCUAAGCCUACUGGCUUAUGUAAGGAGCUCAGGCUUUCUGCACACUUUACGUGUGCCCCUCAAGCUUUUCUGGGAUGAGGCGUCUCUGCGUGCUUGCAGCGCGGCUGGUAAUCCUGAGGGAGUUG